AUUCGUUUCAACUCAUCAGGAAUUCUCAGCCAUUUGCUGGUAGCCUCCUUGAUCCUCAAGUUAGAUUGGAAUAUCGCACAAAAUGGACAGGAAAACCUCCAUUUUCAUAUGCCACUUUAAUUUGCCUGGCAAUGACUGAGCUCGGAAAACCUAAAGUAACAUUGUCGGACAUUUAUGGAUGGAUAACUGACAAUUUUGCCUACUAUCGGCACACAGAUUCUAGUUGGCAGGUAGGUUCAUUCACCUUCAAAUUCUUAUUAUUGCCCUAA